GAGGAGGAGGGGGAGGGGGAGGGGGAGGAGGAGGAGGGACAUGGUGGUACGGCGCGCAAUUUUUGUGUCGGCCCUCGUGCCCAGAAGCUGCGCACCUGUGCACAUCGCUCCGGGCACCACGGCCAGCAGUCACCCUCGGCGGUGGUGCAACCUGGGAUCGCGCCCUCCGCCUCCCCCGCCGGGGCGGCCCGAGAUCGCGCCGGCGGCGUGGCGGGGGCCUCUUCCCAGUCUUCGGCGCCUGUGGGCUGCUUCUCGGGCCUGAGAGCCAAGGUGCGUCGACGUCCCGCGACGAGGGCGCCCCGGCCUCGGACGGCGGGGCGGAUGCCGCCCGAGAGCGGGCCGCGCCUCGCCCGCGGCCCCGGCCGCUCGCGCUCCGUGCUGGGCCUGCCGCUGGAGUGUCAGCCGGCGGCCGACCAGAGCUCUGUGCGCGAUGCCUUCGUGCACCCGUGAGCUGGCCUCCCACGGCCUUGGGGGCCACUGCCCGCCAGGCUCUCCCGGGGGAGCAACCCGUGCGCCAUGCGAGAGAUUCGGGAUCGGUGUGCCCUCUCGC